AUGCGGCGGGCCAUCGUGGCAGUCGUGCUGGCGUGCGUCCUCGCCGCCGCCGUGUCCGCGGCGUCGGUGAAGCCGAAGGAGAAGGAGACGGUGUCGGCAAAGCCUGCCGGCGGCACUAUCGCGUUCAAGAGCGUCGCCUUCGCCAACACCUCCAGUGACAAGGGGGGCACUCACCCCAAGGUAAGCGAAACCUCUCUUAUGGGCACGAGCUUCACAACUGGAAUUAUUGUGGUAGCCUCCGCCUUGGGUUUUUCGUUUGCCAUGUACUGGUGGUAUGUCGUCUCUGAAAUCCGCAUCACGCCCGGAAAGGACCAGGGCAUCCGCAACGCACACCUGACAGAUGAGGUGAUGCGCAACGUGUACGUGAUCAACAAGCGUGUGUCGGAGGGCGCCACCGCGUUUCUCUUUGCGGAGUAUCGUUACAUGGGGGUUUUCAUGCUGGCCUUUGGCUCCCUCAUCUACUUCCUCCUCGGCAUCGCGUUGUCGUCGCCGCAGGACGGCAGCAAGCCGGCGGCGGCGCCGUGGGUAAACGCUGCGCUGUCGCUGUUUGCCUUUUUUGCCGGUUCCAUGACGUCCGUCUUUGCAGGCUGGAUCGGCAUGCGCAUUGCGGUGUACACCAACGCCCGUACGGCCGUCAUGGCGACACAGGGGUGCGAUGACGGCGACCAAUCGGCCGGCUACGCCCUGGCGUUCCAGACGGCCUUCCGGGGCGGCAUCACGAUGGGGUUUGCACUGACCUCGGCCGGACUCUUCUCCCUCUUCGUCACGGUGAAGGUGGUGGAGGCGUACUUCGGUGGCGCGGCGGAGAAUGUGCAGGAGUUAUACGAGUGCGUGGCCGCCUUUGGUCUUGGCGGGUCGGCCGUGGCGUGUUUUGGUCGUGUUGGCGGCGGGAUUUACACCAAAGCCGCUGACGUCGGCGCGGACCUCGUUGGGAAGGUGGAGAAGAACAUCCCCGAAGACGACGCACGCAACCCUGGCGUGAUUGCGGACUGCAUUGGGGACAAUGUGGGUGACAUUGCGGGGAUGGGCUCAGACCUCUUUGGGAGCUUUGGCGAGGCCUCGUGUGCGGCGCUUGUAAUUGCCGCCGGCUCCCUGGAGCUGUCGGGCGAUUUUACGUACAUGAUGUACCCGCUCCUCAUCACGGCGGUGGGCAUCCUUGUCUGCAUGUGCAGUGCUUUGGUUGCGGCCAGAGGCGGUGGUGUGCAGCGGGCGGAGGACAUUGAGCCCACCCUGAAGCACCAGCUACUUCUCUCCACCGUCGCUGCCACCGUGGUGCUCACGUUCCUGACUGACUUCGCACUUCCGGACGAAUUCACAAUUGCCGCCACGCAUACGACGAAGUGGCGCGCGCUUGUGUGCGUGCUGUGCGGCCUGUGGUCCGGCCUGAUUAUUGGGUACACGACGGAGUAUUACACGUCCAAUGCCUACCGCCCCGUGCAGGAGCUCGCGGAGGCCUGUGAGACGGGUGCUGCCACGAACAUUAUCUAUGGCCUGGCCCUCGGCUACGUCUCGGUGGUGCCGCCCAUUGUAACCAUGGCCGUGACAAUCUACACCUCGUACCACAUGGCGGACUUGUACGGCUUUGCCCUUGCUGCCCUGGGUAUUCUUUCCACCAUGUCCAUUGCCCUCACCAUUGAUGCGUAUGGGCCCAUCUCCGACAACGCCGGUGGCAUUGUGGAGAUGUCGCACAUGGGCCACGAAAUCCGUGAGAUCACCGACGCGCUCGAUGCCGCAGGCAACACCACAGCCGCCAUUGGGAAGGGCUUUGCCAUUGCGUCCGCCGCGUUUGUGUCCCUCGCCCUCUACGCUGCCUUUGUCUCUCGUGUGGGUAUUCACACCAUCAACAUCCUUGACGCACGUGUGAUGACCGGCCUGCUCCUUGGCGCAAUGUUGCCGUAUUUAUUCUCUGCGUUCACGAUGAAGUCGGUUGGCUUGGCUGCGAUGGAAAUGGUGAACGAGAUCCGCCGCCAGUUCCAAAACCCGGCCGUGGCGGAGGGCAUGGAGGAGCCGGACUACGAGAGCUGCGUCUCCAUUGCCACGCAGGCGGCGCUGCAGCAAAUGGUACCCCCUGCCUGCCUUGUCAUGCUGACGCCCAUUGUGAUUGGCGUGCUGUUUGGCCCCUACACCCUUGCGGGGCUGCUCCCCGGUGCCACCGUCUCCGGCGUGCAGGUGGCCAUCUCCGCCUCCACCACCGGCGGGGCGUGGGACAAUGCGAAGAAGUACAUCGAGAAGGGGGGGCUGCGCGACAAGAACAAGGGGAAGGGUUCGCCGCAGCACGCGGCCGCCGUCAUUGGCGACACCGUUGGCGACCCGCUGAAGGACACCUCCGGGCCUGCGCUGAACAUUUUGAUCAAACUGAUGGCCAUCAUCUCCGUCGUCUUUGCGCCCGUCUUCGAGUCGCAGCUCGGCGGCAUUCUUAUGCGGUUUAUCCAGUGA